UCCUUGCAGGACGUCACCGCAGACUGCAGGGGCUCCAGCCGCUGCCGCGCAGCCCUACAUCAGCACACAGAGGGCUCGUCACCGCCGCUGCCAAAAAAUUUGCCGUCGCUAAGGUCGCCACCGCAUCGGUGCAGGGCAAGAUGGCGUCGGCCACAGACUCGCGAUAUGGACAAAAGGAGUCCUCGGACCAGAAUUUCGACUACAUGUUCAAGAUCCUCAUCAUUGGUAACAGCAGUGUGGGCAAGACAUCCUUCCUCUUCCGCUAUGCAGACGACUCCUUCACACCAGCCUUUGUCAGCACUGUGGGCAUAGACUUCAAGGUCAAGACUAUCUACCGCAAUGACAAGAGGAUCAAGCUGCAGAUCUGGGACACAGCAGGGCAAGAGCGGUACCGAACCAUUACCACAGCCUAUUAUAGGGGUGCCAUGGGCUUCAUCCUCAUGUAUGACAUCACCAAUGAGGAGUCCUUCAAUGCUGUGCAGGAUUGGUCAACCCAGAUCAAGACCUACUCAUGGGAUAACGCCCAGGUGCUGCUGGUGGGGAACAAGUGUGACAUGGAGGAUGAGCGGGUGGUGUCCUCAGAGCGUGGUCGUCAGCUGGCGGACCACCUUGGGUUUGAGUUCUUUGAGGCAAGUGCCAAGGACAACAUUAAUGUCAAGCAAACCUUUGAGCGCCUGGUAGAUGUCAUCUGUGAGAAGAUGUCCGAGUCACUGGACACAGCUGACCCUGCUGUCACAGGUGCCAAGCAGGGCCCACAGCUCACGGACCAGCAGGCGCCCCCGCACCAGGAUUGCGCUUGCUGAGAGCUGGCCCACCCAUCCCUUCCCUGCCCUUCCACCCCACCACCAGGCCCCUCCUGGCCAUGGGCAUAAGACCCCUGCCCCGACCUAGCCCUAGCCUGUCACCCUUAUUUAUUAUUGUAGCUAUUUAUUUAUUUAUUUAUUGGAGAUAUCCCCUGGGGACUUGGCGCCACCCCCUCUUCACCCCGCCCUGUACAUACAGGCCUGUCUCUGCUCUGCCGUGGCGUGUUGUUGCCCCGCGAACUCACCACUCACCCUCUUCUCCAGACCCCACCUUUUUAAAACUUCAUCCAUCAAAUAGUUCUUGGUUUUGAAGAGGGGGCCAGAUGAUACCUGAGGGCAGGGUGACCAGGUGAUGGAAGGUAGCUAGGCCUGCCAGUCUCUUGGCUGUGACACAGUGGGCCGAGGCCACAAUGGAAUCUCAGCAUGGACCAUUGGUGGGUCAGAGCCCAUCAAUGGCCCACCAGGCUCCUGGCCCCCAAGUUUUACCUUUUUUUAAAAUGGGGCUGCUGUGGUUACUCACCACCCUGGGAAUACCUCCCAUAGACCUAUAUGAUGUCAUGAGUGUCAAAUGUGCCCCCUGUCCCCCAGGAGAUGUCAUAACAACACUACACACACCUAAUAAAAUGAAUGGACGAUGCUGUGUCUA